AUGUCUGUGAGGUUAGCUACUCAGGUUCUUAGUGAUUCGAUGGCUAAGGGUAUCAUAUUUUAUCGAGACCAUGAAGGCAUUGAAUCAUUAAAAGAUAGCCACGAAACACAACAAUUUGUAGAAAUUUUUAAUAAAACAUUCGAUGCACUCAAUCGCAAAUACCCAGCUGAAGGAAUCAGAAUUAAUAGUCAUGAUUUUGAUGUCCUAAAUGAAACAUACACCUGGAUAAAUUUAUGGGAAAGUAAUGUUAAGCAUAAAUUAAUUCCAGAAGAAGAAUAUCUGACAAAAAAUACAGCUGAGGGAUUAAGAGUUAAUAGAUCUACCAUAGAGUUAUCUACAUAUCUUUUAAAAGAAUGUGGAUUUAAAAUACGUUUUAUCCUCAAAAAUGAUCAGAUCGCUUAG